AGGUAUCUAAAUAGCAGGAGCAUGAUUCCCUCAGAGCGAGCCAUCAGGAAACAACAGAAACAGUUGCUGAAAGACAACCUGAUAGGCCAGAAGAUCAAGCUGCUUUUUAACAGUGACAAAGCUGAUGGAAUGAAUGGCUAUGAAAUCAGAGAGGUGCCAUUUGUCUUUGUCAAAGAUGUGCCUGCUAUGAUAUUGGACUACUUGGACCGCUUUGAACGUCAGGGAACCCUCACAUGGCACAAUGGCAUAAUCCCCAAGGACGAAGUUUGGAUUAAGAUAGGAGGGGACAAAGGAGGGGACUCAUUCAAGAUGGACUUUCAAGUUGUCAAUGUGGCACACCCCAACUCCCUUCAGAACACCGUCGUGUUUUCUUGCUUUGAGGCAACAGAUUCAAUGGCCAAUAUCGAGCGAGCUCUCCCCCCAAUUCUUGAACAGAUUUCAGGACUUACCUCUGCAAAAUGGUGUGAACGGUCCAUCCGUGUUUUCUGCUUUGGAGACUAUGAACUGCUGAAUAAGAUGUAUGGACUAUGUGGCUGCAAUGCUCGUUACUGUUGCAUAUAUUGCCUGGCAAGCAAAACUGACAUGCAACAGCCACUCCAUGAGCGGGGCAAGUGCCAGCCGCGUACUCUGAAAAGUAUCAGAGAACACCAUCAGCUGUUCCUACAGGAUGGCGCAAGACGACCACGAGCCAAAGACAUCUCCUUCAGUGUGGUGAACCGACCAUUGAUACCAGUUGAAAUUGACCAUGUUGUUCUACCCACCUUGCACAUUUCACUUGGCGUCUUCAAGAAGCUGUACGAUCUUUUUGAGAGAGACUGCCAUGAUCUUGAUCUGGAAUUGUUCCAUCUUCGUGUCAAGGCUCAGGACAACUCGGAUUUGACCAACUUUGAUGACCAAGUUGCAAAUGAAAUAGAGAGGCUCAGAAGAAUCCAAGAGCAACUUCAUGACAAGAGGUCUGCGCUUGAAAGUGCUGAAGAAGAUCUCCCCCUCUACGUCCUGCAAAAUGAGAUGGAAGAGAUAGAUGACAGGUUUCGUGAUGCUGCCUCUAUAGCCUUCAAGCUCCGGAAUGACAUUCAGAAUUUGGAAAAGGAGGCUGAAACAUCACAGCUCUCAUAUGCAACUGGGCCUGUGGCUAGCUCUCUUGAUAAGGUGCUCCACACAUUCAAGGUUCAGCGACAGGCAUACCACGGAAAGGCCUUUGUGGGUAACCACGUCCACAAGUGCUGUGAGCCUAAAGUGAUAGAGGCCCUCACAAAAACUCCAUCCAAAGUCAUCGAGAAGCACCUGACAGACAACAUGCCUUUAGCAGCACUAGACAGACUAAGGAGGAAAGCUGCAACCAUCCAGGAAAAGUUUGAGGAUAUUUUCCUCAAAUUUGCAGAUGUGCACAAAGGCAUCAACCACACCCAUGCUGUCACUGAUAGUGACAUCCAUUGUAUUGACGUGACCAUUCAGGCGCUCUUAAGCAGCUAUCGGGGACUCUUCCCGAGUCAAAAUGUCACACCAAAGCUCCAUCUGCUGGAGGAUCAUGCGGUUGAUCAACUGCGCCACUUCAGAGCUGGUUUUGGGCUGCUUAAUGAGCAAGGUGGCGAGCUCAUCCACUGUGACUUCAACAGAAUUGGCCGAGUAGUACAUGGCAUGAAAGAUGAUGUUGAGAGGUUGAUGGCCAUCAUGAGACGUCAUCACAUCAGUACGACACCUGAGGUUUCCAACAGUAAAAUCGGAAUAAACGAGCAGUAA